AUGGGUAGAAGAAAUCGAGCACGUCCUAGAAGAAGAACACCUUCGAUCCAAGAAGUUUGGGCUUCCAAUUUCGAUCAUGAAAUCCUCCGCCUCGAACGCUGCCUUCAAGCUAACCAUAUCCUAUCCAUCGACACCGAAUUUCCUGGGUGCAUUAGGAGCACCCCAUGGGGCUCGAUCGAUGAACGCGUCUACGAAGAUCUCCGAUUCAACGUGAACCAAACCAAGUUAAUUCAACUGGGUUUAACAGCUUCUGAUGAAUCUGGGCAAGUCGCCGGCUCAUGGGAGUUCAACUUCUCCGAUUUCGACCAUCAAAUCGACACUCAAAAUCCUUCAUCGAUUUCGUUUCUGGAACAGAACGGUCUCGAUUUUGCGAAGCUCAAGAAACAGGGGAUCCCCUUAAGCCUAUUCACUCUAAAAUUCUCGCGUAUCAUACGAAGAAGCCGUGUUCGUAAAUGGGUCACAUUCCAUGGAUUAUACGAUAUUGGGUAUCUUGUGAAGGCGAUGGGGGUAGCCGAGGAGUUGCCGGAAUCAAUGGAGGAAUUUGCAGAGAUGGUGGCGCGUGGAGUUGGGGUUGUGAGGGAUUUGAAGGAGGUGGCUCGGUGGUGCGAAGGGCUGGAACAGGGGAAGGUUGGGCUUGAGAGACUUGGGGAAUUGCUGGGCGAGAAGAGGUUUGGGAUGAAGCACCAUGCUGGUUCGGACAGCUUGUUGACUGCUUUUGUGCAUGCGAAGAUGGCGCGGUGGCUCGGUUUGGAAUCAGGGUGUAUGACGGCCAUUUGUAUGGGCUUCAGAACAAGUUCAAGGACAUGA